CCGAAGCAGCACCGAAGCUGCUGAUCAGCCUAAACCGCUUUGGGCGACCGAGCAGCCCUUCUCAACGUCGCCUCACCAUACUCGAGCCUCACGGCCACCGAAUUUGAUCUUUGUUUCCUCACUUGUACAUGGCACAAUAAUUGCACAGACAAAGAAAGAAGCAUAUUCUAACCGAAGCUACGAGCCGUCGCCGAUUUUACGCUCAUUUUUUCAUUCGCCUGCAAUCCGCUACAUCCAUCGUCACUGGGCAUGGCCCUCUGUGCCACUCUAUUGCCUCGCCUAACCCCACGUCAGCACUCGGUCUCCAUGAAUUUCCGUGGCCUAUAGCGGCGUUCAUCUUCUCCUUCUUCUUCCUAGAUUCUUGUUUUGUAUCAUUACAGAGCUGAUUCGCCAUCACAGCGCAAAGAUGGGGGACCAGCCGAGCUACUUCACUAUCCGCUCGCGAGAGCCGGCGCAGCCUCAACGGUUUGGCGCACGCAACACGCCAUUCAUUCCGCAGCAUCUAAUCGAUGCCCCGAAAGCAGCUACCCACGAUAUCAGCCGCACAAGCUUCCACAUCAAGCAUCUUGACCAGUUUGCGCAGCGUCUUGAAGAUUCUGCGACAAGAGCAUUUCCCAAUAAAGGACGGUCAACGCAGCGGUAUAAGAGUGUGCAGGCCCUUCUCGUGCAUUGGGGCUCAGAUGACCUCUUCGUCUUGCCAGAGUUGGAGGACCUGGAACGAUGUCUACGGGAUGAUUACGCCUUUGAGACGGACAAGUUCGCUAUCCCGUCAGAGAACUCGCAUCUGGAGCUGAUGAUGCGCCUGGGCCAGCUGAUCAAAGAACAUGAGUCUCCCGACACGCUCUUCGUCGUCUACUAUGGCGGCCACGCUCGCAUCGACGAGUCCCGUCAAAGCACUUGGUGCGCUACAAGAGAACCAGACUCUCCUUGGCUACAGUGGUCUGCCAUCCAGACGCUACUGGAACGCUCCAAGUCGGACGUUCUCAUCUUACUAGACUGCUGCGCUGGCGCCGCAUCCGCUACCUUUCCCACAGGUAAUUCCAUCACCGAGACCAUUUCGGCGUCCUCGUGGGACGCAAUUGCUCCGGAUCCCGGCCGCUACUCCUUUACCAAUGCUCUGAUUGAGGUACUCACCGAUUGGCGACGCCGUACAUUCUCAGCAGCUAUGCUGCACGCUGAAGUCCUCGCGCGCCUCAAGCACCCUCGGCCCAUCACCAUUAACGGCAAGCACUUUGAGGCACGGUCCACGCCGGUGCACUUUAUGAUGACAGCAAACCACCGCGCACCAAGUAUUGAAAUGUCAAGGGUUGGUCAGGCCCUCGAGGUCCAGUCGCCAGCUAUCCUGCCAACAGUCAUUCCCUCUGAAGUCCCCGGUGGCCCUCCACUGAUCACAGCGCGAGGCCCCGGCGGCGAAGUUGCAGAACCCUUGGCAGAGCCCAACGAGGACACGCCGCACGUUAUGAUCUCGCUCGCCCUGGAGGAUGAUCAGAAGCUCGACAUCAACGCCUGGGGGCAGUGGCUGAAUGCCUUCCCAGCGCUAGCAAAGCACGUCAAAGUGCAAGGUGUAUUCAAGAGUCACUCGACGUUACUUCUCGUCUCUAUGCCUGUCAUGGUCUGGGACAUGCUGCCCGAUGAUCAAGCCGUCUCCUUUGUCGCCUUUAUCCGCUCCAACAACCUCGCCAUUAAAAAUGGUGCUGCUGCUCCUCGCGCAGUCGCAUCAUCUAGUGUCCCAGUAUCCCAGAGUGCCCCCGCCAUGCGUACCGCCCCCGUCCAAGACCUACAGUCAGACGCAACAUCGUUUAUGACUGGCGUCACUGGCACAACCUUUGUCCCUGCUGAGAGUCAAAUCUAUCCCGGAGCAUUACGUUCCUCGCCGCGCACCUUUGCUCAGCCUGGUCCAUCCCGCCUCGCGCGCAACACGGGAACAUGGCAUCUAGGCUCCUCACAGGAGCAGUCUAGCUCGACAGAGCCUGCCACUCCUCCACGAUACAUCAAGUCGAGCCGCUCUGCUGUCUCGCUAUCGAACAUGCAGCAGCAGCAAGACCAAUCGCUGCCCUCCGUCUCAGGCAUCGCGCAGCAAGUCAUCCUCAACCAGCAGCAAUCUAUGCGCCGCACCACCUUCCGCGGUGACGUACCCCCUCUCAAGAAAUUCUCACGCCACAUCGAGAGCCGCCUCGAAGGCUACUACCAAAAGAACCCGUACCCUAACGACGCCGAGCUGGCUAUGCAAGCGUCCAACCUAGGUAUCGAGCCAGCCCAUCUCGCUGUCUGGUACCACCACCGCCGCGAACAGGGCCCAUCAGAUGAAAGCCCGACGCUACUUGCGCCAGAAGACUUUGCCUCACUGGUCGCCAUUAGCCGCCACGGCGAAACACUCAUCUUUGACAUCCGCCCCGAGCAGGACUACACCACAUCACACGUCGCCAAAGCCAUUAACCUGCGCGCGCCGCAGUCCUUCCUGGAGCACGCCUCUCUUGACCUGAUCCAGCGCGCCGUGCCUCAGUCAUCUGGCCAAGAAGACUUUUACACCUGGCGCGAAGCCCGCGCUCUCGUCUUCUACGGCACUGACAUCCACACCAGCGCCGACUGUCCUGCCGCGCAGACCAUCCACGCAAAGCUCACGGAGCAGGGCUGGCGCGGCGACUGCUUCAUCGUGCGUGGCUCAUACACAGACUUCCCUUCAUCAUUGAGCAGCCUGCGCUCCUCUCCUACACCACUAGAUGACGGCUCCUUGCGCCCCUUUACACCGACCUACAGAGACCUUCUUGCCAACUUGACCACGUUUCCAGAGGCACCAGCACAGCUGACUUCGUCGUAUGCCGCGCAGCAGGCCCUAUUGGAGACAGAGCUGCGGUCGCGCGCCGAGGACGUCUGGCUCAAGGCACAGGCUCUCCGCGCAGAGCCGGCGACUGCGGAGUUUGUCGAUGCUCUAGAUCGCGGCCUCGACAAGAUGCGCGGUGAAAUGCAGAGUCAGACGCCGUCGCCGCGGGCCACGGGCAAGGCUCCUGAGGGUUACUUUGAGGUUGACGAGUCGGGCGACUAUGUCAAGGUUCACCAGAAUGAGGGUGCUUCGUAUGAAGAAGCGCGGAGAGGCAGGGGCGGAUUACUAAAUAAGAUGUUUAGAAGGUAGAUGAUGAUGCUGACGACCUUUUUUGUAUAUUUCUUUUUCAUUUUCGUCUUUUUUAAAUAGCUUCCCUUUGUGAGUUUUUGGGACUCGGCGUUGCGGU